AUGAAUAAUAUAUCAGAUAAGAACAUAUUGAAAUAUCAGGAGAAGUAUGAAGAAAAAAAAAGAAAAACGGAAAAAGAAAAAGAGAAAGAAAAAGAGAAAGUAAAAGAAAAAGAGAAAGAGAAAGUAAAAGAAAAAGUAAAAGAAAAAGAUAAAGAAAAAGAAAAAGAAAAAGAGAAAGUAAAAGAAAAAGUAAAAGAGAAAGAAAAAGAAGAAGUAAAAGAAAAAGAAAAACAGAACAGUAAUUAUAUAAAUAAUAUAAAUGAUGAACAUGAUAUAUAUGAGGAUAAUUAUUCAAGAGGAAAAACACAAUCAUAUAGAAGUUACGAAUAUAAGUUAGAACAUAUAAUGAAAAAAAAAGAAGAAUAUGAUAAUAAUACAUAUUGGGAAAAAAAAAAAUAUAAGGAAUAUUCCCAAGAUAAAAAAUGUGACAAGGAAUAUUAUAAUAAGGAUUCAUCCUAUAGUUAUAAAAGAAAAAAUGUAGAAAAAAAAAGGAAUGAACAUAAUAUACCUGAUUAUUAUGAUAACUAUUCUGAGUUUUCUAUGGAAAGAGUUAAUUUAAAUGAAGACGAAGAAGAUUAUGAUAAAAAUUAUUUUUUCGAAAGAGGAGAUGGUUAUAAGAAUUCUAGAAAAUAUAAAUUGAGUGAAAAGAAAUAUUCACCAUAUGAUAAUGAAAGGAUGAAAAAAUAUUCCCGUUAUGAUGAUAAAAUAUUCAAUAUGAAUAUAUAUUAUAAAAAAAAGUUUACGUAUCACAAUGAUAUGAAUAAUUAUGAUUAUAUGAACAAAACAUGUGAAGAUAGUAAAUAUAGAAACGAUUUUUCAGAUUAUUAUAGGAAAAGGUAUAAUAAUAAUAAUGAUUUUGAAGAUUAUAAAAAAGAAAAUUUUUAUAGAAAAAGAAAAAUUAGCCCAAGUAUAAUAAACAGGGAUGAUAAUAAUAUGGAUAAGAAUUAUAUUAUGAGUAGAAAAAAAUUUAUAUCUUAUGAAUCCUCAACAAAAAGAAGACGUUCCAAUAAUAAUAGCGUCAUAUCACAUUAUGAAUAUGAUAGACCAUGUGAAAAAAGGUCAACAGAUACCGUGCAUAAUUAUAAAAAUAAUAUAGGAUAUAAAAAAGAAAAUAAAAAUGAUAAUACAAAAAGUGUAUAUAAUUCUGUGGGAGAUAAAAAUUUAGAGGUAGUAUCUAAUCAUAGUAUAAAAGAAGAGUAUAAAAAUGAAGAAAUAUCUUCGUCACAUGAAUCAGAAAAAAAAUAUGAAAGGAAAUAUAAUUAUGAAAAAGAACAUAAAUAUAAAGAUAAAGAUAAAAAUAAAGAUGUAUUAACAACUGGGGAUAUAAAAAAACAUUCAUUCAAAGAGGAAUUUAAAGAAAAUUCAUCUAAAAGAAAAUCCUACAGUGUACAUAAAACAUCAAGGGAAAGUUCUUCUAAAAUAUAUAAUAAGGAGAACAAAGAAUAUGAACAAGAAAAGGAAACAUUUGAUCAUAGAAAUUAUUAUAGAAAUAAAAGUAAUUAUCAUGAUGAUUUUGAUAAAUUUGAAAAAUAUAAUUAUAGAGAAAAAGGAAACGAGAGAGAUUAUGAAUUAUAUGAUGAGGAUUAUAAAUCAUAUAAAAAUAGAAAGCAGUAUGAUAAUAAAUAUGAUUAUUAUAAGGAGGAUUAUCAUCAUAAGGGUGAUUAUUAUAAGGAGGAUUAUCAUCAUAAGGGUGAUUAUUAUAAGGAGGAUUAUCAUCAUAAGGAUGAUUAUUAUCCUAAGGAGGAUUAUCAUUAUAAAAAGGUACAUCAUUAUGAUAGCAAUCACCAUGAUGAUGAUAAGGAUGAAUAUUACAGUUAUCAUUCUUCAGAUCACGAAUCUGAAGAAACAGAAAAUAAAAAAGUCGAACAUGUCCAAGUGAAUAACAAAAUUAUUAUAAACAUAGAUGAAGAUACAAAUGAUCAGUAUUGGAUAGAUAGUAAUACAAGUAGUGAUAAUGAUAAUACUGAUAAUAAUGAUAAUAAUGAUAAUAAUAAUGAUAAUAAUAAUGAUAAUAAUGAUAAUAAUAAUAAUAAUAAUAAUCACUCAAAAGGGGACAAGUAUAUUUGUUUAAAAUUUCGAGAUUCCCAUGUUAGAAAAUUUGUUUUAAAUAACCAACUUGAUAAUAAAAAAGUAGAAUAUACUUCGACGACCAAUAUGGAUAAUAUAAUUGAGAAGAAUGAAAAACAUGUAAGUGAUGAUAAUAAAAAUAAUAUAAUAGAUGACAAUUUAUUGUGCUUAAUUAAAAAAGGACAUGAUAAUGUAUUUAAUAAGGAAGAGCAGGAUGUGAUAGAAAAAAAUAAAGGUAUUGAUAACAUACAUAUAUAUAGAUAUAUAAGUAAAAAUGAAAAAAUGUAUUUAUCCAAAGAAUUGGAAGAAAAUAUAUUAUUAGAUGAAGGUCCUUGUGAAAAAUAUAAAAAGUUAAAUGAUACAAUCCAAACAAAAGAUAAUUAUGAACAUUUUGAUAACUUGUAUCAAAAAAAAAUAAAAAAUUCUGAAAUAAAUUUGGAAAAAAAAAAAAUAUAUCCUAGUACUAAUUAUAUUACAAAUAAUAAUAAUUCUGUAUAUGAUAAAGAAUCCAAAUGUGAUGAACAUAAUUUAAAAAAUGAUAUAUUUGAUUUAUAUUUGAAGGAUACAAAAAAGGAGACUUUUCAAGAUAAAUCAAAGGAUGAUAAUAUUAUUCAUUUAUCUAAUCAUAACAAAUGCACAAAAAAUAAAACUCUUAAUAGACCAAGUGUUGAUGAGUUUGAUGAAUAUAUAAACAAAAAGCACAACAAAGGAAAUACAGAAAAUUAUAAUAAAUAUGAUGAAAGAGAAAAAAGUAUUAUAAAUGAAAAAGCAAAAGAAAUAAAGGAAACAUAUAUGAAUUCAUUAAAUAAUAAAAAAAAAAAAAAAAAAAAGGAUGAUCAUGAUGAUGAUGAUAAUGAUAAUGAUGAUAAUAAUGAUGAUAAUAAUGAUGAUAAUAAUGAUGAUAAUAAUAAUGAUAAUAAUAAUGAUAAUAAUAAUGAUAAUUAUGAUGAUAAUAAUAAUGAUUAUUAUGAUGAUAAUGAUCAAGUUGAUAAUGUAGAUUGUGUAAGUGCAUUAGGUGAUUUUCCUGAAUAUAUAAAGAAUAUAAUAAAUAAUAUGAGUAGUACAUAUAAGAUGAAUGAAAAUAUUGAUUUAUUAAAUUUAAAAGAAAGGAAAUCAUUUCGUAUACCUAAAUUUUUUCAUUUUAUAGAUAAUAUUACGAAUACAGAAAGUUUCUUAAAUUACUUACAAAAAAGAAAAGAAGCUAGUCGAAAAUGGAAAAUAAUAGCAAGAAAUAUUCUUCAUAAAGAAAUGCAACUUUUAUUAGAAACAAUACAUUAUGAUAAAUAUGAAAAUAAAAUAGAUUUCAUAAUUAAUUCGCUUAAAUCUAUCUAA